GCAAUAUAAAGUGUGCCCUUUUCUGGAGUCUUCUCGUGGCUUAGCGUGAAGGGGGUCCAGGGGGAGGGCUUUGAUGUCUUCCAAAUUUUCUCUCUCUCCUCCCCCUCCUGGCCACGAAAACCCAAUGCACAGUUCCGUGUUCCAACCCACAAAGAUGUAGUAGUCCAAGUUUUUGUAAUUUCUCUUCUUCUACUAUUUUAUGGUCCCUGUGUUAUAUUUUGCCCAAUAGGUUGUGUGAAUUCGUCGACACGAAAAUCGUGUCUUGGUCUGGUUCGUUUGGGUUGUUUGUGUUUGUGUGGCGGGUUGGGGGAGAAUGGCAAAUGCAGAAGAGAAAGGAAAUGACUUCUAUGAAGUGUUGGGGUUGAAAAAGGAAUGCUCUGCGUCGGAGCUCAGGAAUGCUUAUAAAACACUUGCUCUGAGAUGGCACCCAGAUCGUUGUUCAGCUUCGGGGAACUCAAAGUUCGUGGAAGAUGCUAAGAAGAAAUUCCAGGCCAUCCAACAAGCCUAUUCUGUUCUAUCGGACUCGAACAAAAGGUUUCUGUACGAUGUAGGGGCGUAUGAUAGCGAUGAUGACGAAAAUGGAAUGGGUGAUUUCUUGAAUGAAAUGGCAGUCAUGAUGAGCCAAACGAAGUCUAGUGAAAAUGGGGAGGAGGAGAGCUUUGAGGACUUGCAGGAUCUGUUUGAAGAGUUGUUUAAAGGGGAUAUUGACACAUUUGGCUCAAGCUUUCAGACUUCUACUUGUUCUGGUUCGUCAUCUUCCUACACCUCUUAUUGUGAAAGUUCUAGUUCCAACAACAAACGCAAUUCCUCUGAAAUGAAUUUCGGGAAGACAAAUUUGGAGGAUACCUCUGGCUUUGAUGCCAACUUUCAGAAUUUCUGUUUAGGGACAGGCGGAACGCCGACAAGAUAUCAUAAAGGAGAAGGGAGUUCAAGGAGUUGCAGAAGGAACCGGCGGUAGCCGAGGGCAUGGCAUGAGGCAAAAGGUUUCAUCUGGUCAUGACGUCUCCACCAUCAACUACUCCGGUAUCUCUGCUGGAUGAUCCACCAAUUCUCUCGCUAAUCGGUGGCUAGCUUACCAUAUUAUUGACUUGACCAUGAGAUAGAGAGAUCCAUCAUAUGACCAGGAAUUUUACUGCUUUAGAUUAUGUGGAAAAAAGUUUUGCUCACAUAGAUGGACACAGAAUUGCCAAUACCGCCAAUGUUCUACUCUCAUUCUACUUAUCCUGCCAUGCCUCUUAGCUUAUUUUCAAUCUUAAUCUCUAGUUGUAGUGUCUAGCUUCAAGUUUUUGUUAUGUUACUUCUUUUGAAAGUGAAUUUAUGAGUUCUUCUCUAGACUCCAUUCACUUUGUUGUCACUAAAUCAGUUUGAUUUGAAUUUCAACUUUCAAGCAA